CGCAUGCCCAGUCAACCAAAGAAGGGAUCAUGGCGGCCUCGGUAGCUGAAGCUGAGGCGAGUUUGGGUGCCUGUUUGGAGGCGGUCCUGAGCAGCCGGAGCCAUGCCAACCGCGUCUUUGAGGCCUUGGAGCUGCUGCAGUCUGAGCAAAAGGAGAUUGUUCUAUGCGCCAUCCGGAUUUGCAGCCGCCUCUUUGGAUCUUUGCUUGAGCAAGGAGAACUGUUUGUGGGCAAACUACCUUCCGAAGAGGAAUCUCAGCAAGAAAGCUACAGUGCUGAGGAAAAGUAUAAAAUUUGGAUGAGACAUAGAUACAACAGUUGCAACAAUUGCCUGGCACAACUGAUGAGCCACCAAUCUUUCCAAGUCAAAGAAUCUGCACUCUGUACGUUGAUGAAAUUCGUAGAACUGGAAGCUGGACGACCUCUAGUCAAGAACGAAUGGAGUUUCAAUUUCCCACGGGAGCUUUUAAAAUUGGUGGUGGAGGGCUUGAUCCCAGUGGAAGAGGAUUCUUCUCUACUGAUUUCUCGCUUCCAAGAAUAUCUGGACCAUGAUGAUGUCCGAUUCUUUGUGAUGAAAUUGGUGGCUGAAAAUAUUGGCAGUGUGAUGCAGAAAGCCAAAAAGGCUCCACUUCCAGUUUAUCAGAAGAACGUUUUUGCCCUUGCCUCAUCCAUCAGCAUGCCAAGUAAUGGCAGUGAGAUAAAUAACUUCCUUGUAAGGCAGGCUAACCAGGAGGAGUGGAAAGUGUCAAAGUUGAAGGAACACAGGGCAGCCUUUGAGAGGAUGUGGCUCGGAUUUCUUAAGCACAAGCUCCCUGGCUCCCUCUACAGAAAGGUAUUGGUAAUACUUCAUGAGUCCAUCCUACCUCAUAUGAAUGAGCCUGUCCUUCUAAUAGACUUCCUCACAGUUGCCUACAAUGUCGGUGGAGCCAUCAGCCUCCUUGCCUUGAAUGGGUUGUUUGUCCUGAUUCUUCACCAUAACCUGGAAUAUCCCGAUUUUUAUAAGAAGCUCUACAGUCUUCUCAACCCAUAUAUUUUUUAUAUGAAGUACCGCACUCGAUUUUUCCGUUUGUUGGAUUUAUUCUUGUCUUCAUCGCAUUUGCCAGCAUAUUUGGUGGCGGCCUUUGCCAAGCGGCUUGCUCGACUGGCACUCACAGCACCACCAGAUGGUUUGCUGAUUGUCAUCCCAUUCAUCUGUAACCUCUUACGGCGCCACCCCUCUUGCAAGGUGCUCAUCCAUAGGCCUGACUACCCUGCAGAGAUGUUAGAAGAUCCCUAUGUGAUGGAUGAAGAGGAUCCUUCUGAAAGCAGAGCUUUGGAGAGUUCCCUAUGGGAGAUAAAAACUCUUCAAAGCCAUUAUCAUCCAGAUGUGGCCAAAGCAGCCACAGUAAUUAACACCUCACUGUGUGAGAUGGAAGAUGACUUAUCAGAGGUCUUGGAAUUGACUGCUUUUGAGAUGUUUGACAGAGACAUAAAGAAAGAAACCACAGAUGUCUCGUUGGAAUUUCAUCAAGUACAAGGUCUCUUUGGCAAGAAGGACAAUGUUUUUGCAGAAUAUUUUACACUGGAAUGAUUUUUAAUUCCUUUAUUAAUGAUUAUAAUAAAAUGUAUUGCUCUUUUUAAA